AUGAGUGUAUUAGUUAAAGUUGCAGAGCGAUUGGAAAAUUUGAAUAUAGAUUUAUGUCUUCCAAGAGUGAAUAAAUUCAUGAAAAAUCGACCUAAUCCAGAUAUUCAUUCCUCCACAGAAUACUUUCGAAUAACGAUAUAUAUUCCUUUACUUGAAAGUAUCAUUUCCGACAUUGAGUGUCGUUUCCAGCAAGAAACCAUGGAUGUAUUUAAUCUGCAAAUAUGUGUUCUUGCUAUAUUAAUUCAUUUAAAUGGAGAUGACAUCCAUUCCGCCGUAGAAAUUUUGAUUGCAAAAUAUGGAAGUUUGUUUGAGACAGUUAGAGACGUGCUGAAGUCAACUUUUCUUGCAGAGCUACAUUUAUUGAAAAUGAGAUGGAAACACAGCAAAGAAUCGGAAAUUCCGAGCGAUGAUCUAAAUGCUCUCAUACAAUGUGAUGAAAUGAUGUAUCCAAUCAUUAAUAAAAUUUUAAAAAUAUUGUGUACUCUUCCAGUAAGUAUUGCAUCUGAAGAGAGGAGUUUUUCAGGACUGAGAAGACUUAAGAGUUGGCUGAGGGCCAAUAUGAGUGAAGAACGGUUAACUGGCCUUGCACUAAUGCAUUUCCACAAGGACAUUGUUUUUAACGAAGACAAUAUAAUAGAACGUUUCGCUAAAAGUGGAGUGAGCCGAAACAUAGAGUUCGUCAUGUAG